CAUCCACGACGACGCCGAGAACGAAACACACGCAGAAGGGUGGCGAUUUUACACCGAGCGAAAAUGUGGAAAAUUUAGUAACGUCGUGGCAUCGGUGGAAAACAGGUCGUAACAGGAGUGGGUUUUACGUUUUUCCGCCUCGCGCGCGCGUGUGCUGUGUUUUGUCGGCAAAGCAGUUUUCGGCUCCUAGUGGCGUGUUGCGUGCGUGCGUGCGCCCGUGCGUGUGUGCCGCUGCGUGUGCGUGGUGUGUGUUUUCCGUGUGCGGUAGAGUGUGGUAGCGGGAGGCAAACCCCACGCAGGAUGAUUUCUAUCGCGUAAAACGUACAGUGCGUGUGUGUGUGGUUUCUUUUUUAUGUGUUUUUCGGGUUUGAAAUGGUAACCAAAAGUGAAUUAUUCCUCACAGUGAGUGGAAAAUAAAACGUAAAUAGUGCAUCGAGCAGUGGUACGUGUAUACCCACGUGUGAAAACAAGCGUGUGUUUGUGUGUGCUGGUGGCAAGAAUGUGUAGUGAUUCUUACUAGAAAGCAUUAAUUGAGCGCAAAGAAAGAGUGUCAAAGAAAUAGAGCGCAGAAAGUGUGAAUGUUGUGGUCACAAAAAGGAAGUGAGCUGCCAUCCCGCAACUAUCCUUUCCGACCGAAUAAGAAACGACUCGGCAGGGCGGCACAGCUUGUAAUACGAGACGACUGUCGUUAAAAGAAAGAGCUGUUUUGACAGUUUCUUUGACAAACGUGUGCGUUUGUGAGUGUGUGUGCGUGUGCGUGUGUGUGUUGGACCACCUCCGCGGUGUAUAGCAGCAGGGCGCAGCGCAGCGAAGGAGCCCGCAGGAGCCUCAAUCUGAAGGCCGCUUUGAUCCGCCGUGUGAAAGUGAAGCUAGCGUGUCCCUAUAGUGUGUGUUAGUGUGUGUGUAUAUGUGUGUGUGUGUGUCGGGGUCCUUCCGGUUUCCCCAUCACCGAAAUGUGCGUCCGUGUUGAUCGAUGAGCGGUGAGCGUGAGUGAGUGAGAGAGGUUCGCCUUCCGCCGCCAGCACGGGUCGCUCCUUGCGCGAAAGAUGAGCAAAGUGUGCGAGUGUGCUCCAAACGGUUGGCACACAAAGUGAGCGCCAAUAUAAUCCCCGGUUUUGCGUCUGUCAGUUGCUAGGCAACGCAAAGAAGAGAAAAAAAGAGAAGAAAAUCAAAAUUCAAGUUUGUGUAUUGUGGGUCGCUUGGGUUUUGUUGUUUUUGUCCGUUCGAAUAUGUUACGUGAGGUAAUGGGGCGACUGUGCCGGAGAAGAAUGCCGCUCCCGACGGUGCUGACGGUGGCGCUGGCUGCCCUGGUGAGCGUUAGCCCGUGCGUUACCGGCGCCCACUGGGAUCAUGCCAUCUUUCUGGACGACGACUACCGGCUGCUGUGGAGCAUCACCGGCCAGGACAUCACGUUCGAGGUGCAGGCCCGCACCCACGGCUACAUCGGGCUGGGGUUUUCCAAGGACGGCACCAUCUACGGCGCGGACAUGGUCAUCGGCUGGGUCGACCAGGGCCAGGUGCACUUUCAGGACCGGCACGUGAAGAAGCACGGUGACGGCGAGCCGCUGGUCGACUCCUCGCAGGACUACGUGCUGCUGCUCGGCUACGAAAACCAAACGCACACGGUGCUGCGCUUCAAGCGCAAACUGGACACGUGUGACGUGGCCUACGACGUCCCAAUCACGAACGACACCAUGCGUGUGAUCUACAUGUACCACAACAAGGAACCGCACGGUGCGUUCUACACGCCCGGCAGCCUGCCGGACCCGGCCGAAGCGUUCAAGCAGGCCCGGUCCCUCUUCCUGACCCAGCGCAUCAACCAGGCCCCGCUGAAGCCGGACCCCCGGCUGCGGACGAUGGAGCUGCUCAAUCAGGACGUAAACUUGCCGCAGGGCGACGGCACCCUGCACUGGUGCAAGAUGUUCAAGCUGAACGAUAUCAAUCGCAAACAUCAUCUGAUUAGGUACGAGCCAGUGUUUGACUCGGGGACGAGUGCAUCCUACGUCUAUCACAUGAUCCUGCACGAGUGUCAAGGAUCGUCGCCGGAGCUGGAAAUUAUGUCACGGGAAAACGGUUGCCCGUGCUAUCGGGCGGAUAAAUCGAUACUGACCUGCAACUCGAUAGUGGCGGCGUGGACCCGCGGUUCCGAGGGAUUUUCCUUUCCCAGCCAGGUUGGGUAUCCGCUCGAGUCGAACCAGGCCCGCUUCUACCUGAUGGAGACGCACUACAGCCUGACCGCGAACGAGUACACCUGGCCGCCGAAACCGAAGGCCAUGGUGGACAAUUCCGGCCUGCGGCUGUUCUACACCAGCACGCUGCGCAGCCAGGACGCCGGCGUGCUGUCGGUCGGGAUGGACCCGAACUGGCGGCACAUCAUACCGCCCGGCCAGGAGCACGUCGUGUCCGAGGGCCACUGCGUCGGGGAGUGCACGCAGCGCGCCUUCCCGCGGGACGGUGUGCACAUCUUUGCGGUGAUGAUGCGGACGCACCAGAUCGGGCGGCAGAUCAAGCUGCGCCAGAUACGGCACCGGGAGGAGCUGCUGCCGAUAGCGCACGAUCGGAACACGGACUGGAACUAUCAGGAGUAUCGGCGGCUGUCGGCGCCGGUGCGCGUGCUGCCAGGGGAUCGGCUGAUUGCGGAAUGCAUUUACGACAGUUCGGCCCGGGCUGCCAUCACGCUCGGCGGGCUGACGACGCGGGAGGAGACGUGUCUGGUGCUGGCGCUCUACUACCCGCGGCAGAAGGAGCUGACCACGUGCCAUUCGCUGCCGAGCUUACCCACCGUUAUUAACUCGCUCGGCAUCAAUGAGCUGGUGCCCGGAUCGAACCCGGUACGGAUUGCAUCGCCACCGGAGCUGUCCGGCAUGACGCUCGAGACGCGCCUGAUCUCGUACGACUGGCGGAACAACUUCCGCAGCUUUCAGUACGUCACCAGGCGCGGCUCGUUCAAGCCGCUGUGCUGGAGCGCCAAGAAUCAGCCCAUGCCGGGCACGGAAAAUCUCGAAGGAUUUGCGCCGAACAUCACGAAAUCGUACAAGCUGAUCCGGUCGUGCAGCUUCGUCGGCAGCACGAACGUCGCGAACGUGCUAUUCCAGAACCGGAACCGGUACGUGACGGAGUCGGAAACGAGCGCCGAUCGGGCGGCGGCGGCGGCCGGCAGCGACGACGACGACGACGACGACAUCGACAGCAACAACGUGAUAGAGGGUGCCGCCCGCAGCAAGGUGUCCCGCAGCUCCGUCACCGAGUCGAUGGGGCUGAGCGGCGGUCCGGCCACGUUCCGCCCGCUCGGUGCCGCGCCGAACAUGUUUGCGUUUCUGCUGUUCAUCAUCUUCCUGUACUCGUUCCGGAUAGCGCACCGGGUGUGAACCGGCGGCUCACACUACUAAAGCGGCAAGAGGAGAAGCGUACAAUAAUAAGUAGACAACCAAUUUGCAGCUGAGAUGCAUCCAACUCACCAAAGAGUCCUAGAUUCGACCGUUCGGCCGUUCGUUCGAUGAACGAUUGUAAUGAAACUGUACUGUAUAUACGGGAUGUAAAUGUUUGUAAGUGUGUGCGUCUAAGUGUGUCUUUUAGUUGUGGGCGAGGAAAGGAAAUGAACGUUUUUCUCAACACCUAAAGGGUUGGAGAGAAACUGUACCGCUAAGCAAUGAAUAUUCGGGGUUACCUUGCAUUCCACCAGGUGGAAGGACUAAUUGUUUCUUUCUUAUUUUUUAUCGUUUAGCUGCAAGUAGCAAAUAAAUGUUGUAAAAAAGAGAUACGUAGAGUUUCGCCUAGUCGAACGUGAAAGUGAUGAAAAGGGUAGGAAAAGAGGUGAAAGUGUUGGUGAAACAUAAGGAAAAACUUCUAAAAAGCAAAAUCCAUGAAAGUAACAUAGAAGAAAUCUAAUCCGUGUCAAAACAUAUAAAACUGAUACACGUAGAGAGAAGGAAACGGAAGAGAAAAUAUCUGUCUUCUCUUGCUAAAGUCACCUAUUUUUCGACUUGUACAUAAGCGCUUUGCCAUAUAGCGUGUCCGUUUUUUUUGUGUUUUUGUAAAUAGUGCAUUUUGUAAAAAAGAGACACAAGAAACUAAAAUCGGUAGUAGAUCUGAACGUCUGAAGAGAAAUCAUAAAAAAGGAAGAAAAAAAAUAAUAGCAAGAAAAAGAGAAAAAAAGAUCUAAAAAAAAUCUCGUACACUCGGUAGCAACAAUGGUGCAACAUUACAAUAGAUGUCAACGUGGUAGCGUAAUUUUGGUAGUGAACAACCGAAUGCCGGUCAUCGAAAGAAAAUAUAAAUUGAAGAAGCAAAAUAAAAUUAAAAACAAAAAACAAACAUUACUUCACCUCGAAAACAUGUGAAAGAAAUGCGUGUCUGUACACACAAUUCCUAAAGGCGGCUCAUUGCUCCGAUACUAAGCGUGCCGGUGCGAGCUAGCGGUAGUGUAAGUGCCGCGCCUCCCUAUUCUCUGGCACUAGAUAAUCCUUCCCCAGUAGUAGCUCGAUUAUUUGCUGUCCAUCACGCUGCUACCUUGUGUUUGGCAACGUUUCAUCUGUUACCUACUAUCACUGUUGUGAAUAAAAAUUCAAAAAAAAAAAAUUUACGAACGAGACAUUGUUGGUAGCGAGUGUUUGAAAUAAUGUGAAACUUUUGUAACUUUGCGAAGCGGUUGUGGCAGAAGCUGAAUUGGCAUCUCAAUCCUAUCCCAUGAACUACCUGACUCCAAUACCUUGCGAUACCUUUCACUCUUAGUAUGUCCUGCUCCGGUGCGAUGUGCGAUCAGCACCUACUAGUGGGCGUCUGUGUGUAUGUAAGGAAAACUGUUUAGAAGGAAAACGAGAAACGAAAGCCGUCCUUUCUCCUGCCCUUGACAGGUGGGAACGAAGUGGCUUUCGUUAGGUUUCGACAUUUAUCUGUUUGAUUUUUGCAACACUGCAAACACUACUAGCUGCUACUGCGCUGCUGUUACUGAUGUGGAACUUUACAGAAAAGGGCGCAGAGUUUAUAAAGAUAGAAUUGGAUGGGUAUUAUGUAUUAUUUUGACUUUUUUACAACCCUUCGACCUUUCGUUUUGUCAUUUUUGUGUAAUAUCUAUUAAUCGUGCAUUCUUUUUUAACAUUUUUUUCUCUUUACACAAGAGCGAUUUGGUUUACUUUUUCGCCUCGAAAUCAUUUAACCAUUAAGUCAGCGCUAGUAAGCUCGCGAGAGACAAUCAUAAAUAAAAAAAAAUCGCUCAACUUUAUAGUGAACGCAGUACAUUAACCUGAGCGGUGCGUGUAUGUGUGGAGGUUUUAUAGUGGAAAGGAAAUAUCAUAAGGAUGAAGCAAAGCUGCAACGUGAAACGAAUGGAACAGUGCUGGCUGAAAGGUGAAGUUUUUCUCUUCUUUUUUUACUAAUUCAAAGGGAUUUCUUUUUUUAAUUUAAUUUAGUUUUACUUCCUUCUUUUUGCAUUGUUUUUAUUCAAUUUUAAUAUAGUUUUUUGCAACGUAUUUUUUUUUCAAUUCUUUUCCAUGUUAUUUUCAAACCUUUUGCUAUCUUAAAUAUUAUAUUGUAAUGUUUUGUGUUUUUGUUUGCUGCUAUGAUGCUUGAUCAGUUUUUUGUGUGUUUCAUUUCAUUCAUUUCAUUGUGUUUUAUUUCUCUAUUUUCAUUAUUUUGUGUUUCGUUGAAACGAGCUUUGAUUUGAUGUUUCAACUUGUUUGUCUUCGUCUAGGAUGGCAUCUGUUGUCGAUUCAUAGAAUUCCUUAUUUUUUAAAUCCCUUUCUGAUAGUUUUGACAAUACUAAAUUGCUUUUCUUCGCUUGUGUUAAAAUUUUAUCCAUUUGUGCGUUUCUUUUACUUAUUUAUCUUAAAAUAUAAUUUUUUUCUACUAUUCCAAAUUUUUGCUCGAUAAAAAAGCAAAAAAAAGAAGUAAAAAUAUAAUGAGUGAAACAUACUACACAAUUGUAGUGGGGAACCCUUUUUACAUGUGAUAAGGUGCAGAGAAAUAAUCGUAAAAAGUGGAGUAAAACAGUAGCAUGAUCGUUUUGCGUUUCGUAAUAACAGUAGCAAACAGUAGUAUACAUAGUAGUGAACGAAAAGGAAAACAGCCAACCAUUGACGUACUGUAAAACACUUUUCUUUGCACUGCGAAAGCAAUCCUUCAACUCGAUGCCGCAGGUAAUGUUUGUAAAUAGGAAACAACUGUAGGAAAACUGAUGCUCGCUUUGUAAUUGCACUUAGUAUAGAAGCUGGACUGUGCUCCUUUUUUCCUGUCAUGUACCUCCAACACUGUGAAACCACGUUUCAAGCACCUACCUGUGCAGCUGCUUGGCACCUGCCGGUCUCCUCUCUUUUGGCUCUCCGUUUAAGCAUUUUUCCCUUUCCUUUCAUCUGUCGUCAACGCUUCUUGGCGGACUUUUCACUCUUGAUUUCCAGUGAACUUUUGUCUCCCACCGAUGACGUUGAGACGAGAUGAGUGCGUGUAUGUGUGUGUGUAUGAAGCAUUAGGCGGUUUAGUAUUUAUUCCAUACCACUCAUCUAAUUAAUAAAAACAAUGGAACGAAAUAAGUCUGUCCCUGGAAUGAAACGACGAAGGAAGAUACUGAUGAGAGAAUACAAGAAUGAAUUUUGCUGCAAGUGAAAGAGAAGCAGUGAGAAAAAUUGUCUAACAGAGAAGCAAAGUAAGGCACACUAAAACACACCAAGAAGCUAGUACAUUGUGGAAGAGAAUUAACAAUAAUGAAAAUUGAAAAAAAUAAUGAUAACUUUGAAUCAGAAUUUCAUAUUGAUCAUGAAAACACAACAGAGACAAGAACUAGGUUAAAUGAAGCGAAUAAUACAUGAACAUUGGAAUAAAUGGUAGAAAAGUCAUCGAAAUGACAAAUAACAUCCAAUCAAACUGUUUCCUGUAAGAAAACAAAAGAACAAGAUUUGCAAAACAGAUAACCCAAACCGAACGAGAUGUUUGAUCAGUUUGAUUGUUUUUAAACGCUGCUUCGUAGCAGACGAAAUAUUAGGAGCAAGUGUAAUGAUUAAACGAUUUUUGAUCGGUUAACCGAACCGCUCGAAAGGUGCUCUCGAAAACGGGGCGGUGUAGUGUGCGUUAAGGUGACGAAAAUAUUAUAGCAAACUUACUUUACCACAUUCCCCCUUAUCCUCGUAGUGUCGUAAUGUUGUGACAGCAAAAAAAAGCUUCAGCUACCCCCAAAAAAACGCGUUUCUUGGUGUAAGAAAAAAAAUCGAUUUAGAACAUAAACAAGAAAAGUAGACAACAAAUCAGUUUUAAUUCAACGGCUAGAAAUGCUCACUCAGUUUUCGAUCCUGGAAAAGCAAGGAAUAAUUAUUUUUGUAGCUGGACGCAAGAUUGACGGGAUGGCAGGAACAUACCGGCUGGGGAAAGGAAAAUGAAUUGUGUAAAUUGAAACCUUUGCAAAAAACAAAAAAUUAACCCAAAAUGACGAGUGAAAACCGCGGGCACACUGCCCAGCCAGCACUAAAAUUGUGAGCUCGAAAUAUUCCCACUGGAAGCAUAAUUGUUUGUUUUAAGCUUUAGUUUUACUCUUCUCACACCCUCUCGAACGGUGGUGAUGAGCGGAGCAGUGAUCGGUGAAGUUAAAUAAUACAAACAGAAACGUGGAUAAAGCAAUAUGAAAUGAAAUAAAUUUAGAUAUCGAAAG